CCCUAGAUUACCCUCACUUUCUCUCACUAGAUGACCAAAACCAGUGCAGUCAAACGCAACCUAGACUCCUACACUAUCAGAGGCACCAACACAGUCGUCAAAGUUGGAGACAAUGUGCUGUUGCGAUCACCGGAGAGCAAUACUACUCCUUAUGUGGCUCAGAUUAACAAGAUCCAGAUAGACAAUAGAAAUAACGUGACAGUUCAGAUAAGAUGGUAUUACAGGCCGGAGGAUUCCAACGGAGGUCGUAAACUAUUCCAUGGUGAGAAAGAACUGUUCUUGUCUGACCACUAUGAGUUUCAGAGUGCUUACACGGUUCAAGGUAAGUGUAUGGUUCAUUCUUUCAAGAAUUACACCAAGCUAGAGAGGGUUGGAGCUAAGGAUUACUAUUGCCGAUUUGAAUACAAAGCUGCAAUCGGUCUUUUUUUACCUUUUCGCGUCAGAGUGUAUUGUAAAUGCCAAAUACCUGAGAACCCAGACCAUUUUAUGGUGCAGUGUGAGGAAUGCAAAAACUGGUACCAUCCUUCUUGUCUUGGUAUGACUAUAAAUCAAGUAAAACAAUUAGAUGAGUUUAUAUGUUCCAGUUGUAAUGGAGAGGAGGAUGAAACUUCAAUGAAGAAUUAA